UGGUUUUCAUUUCAGUGUGGUAUUCCAGUGGAGUUAAUAUCGGAGAGUUAGUCUGACCGCCAGUGGACGUGUACCAGCAGCAGUCGAUGGUUUCACUGCGACGUGACGAAUAACUGGAAACAGUGGUUACAGAGCGUGUGCCGUUACCGUGCAAGUAGACUAGACAAUGACUGGGUUGGCGUGUUGUAGUACUAACCACACAAUGGACGGGAGGCCGGGAUACAGAAGCUGGGAGAUAUGUGGCAUAGGGGUUUUCUGCUAUUAAUCAACGCCUAUUUCCAUUGACUCGACAUCCAUAUCACUCCUAUGGAAUUCAGCUCCUUGCCAAACACCACCAAAUCUCCGACAGUCUGCUUUGGGAGCGCGAGCACAUAGCACGCGCAAUAGAUAUGUUUAUCAUUGCACGUGGGCUAUAUUAAUAGGCAAUAUACUAUAUGAUACCUUUAUUACAGUUUUCGAAUUUCAAAGCUCUUUGUGAAUAGAGCGAUAUAUGUGUGGUAAUGAUGUGCGAUACUUGAUGUGAGGCGGUCCUCGAUGUUUUACCCUGGGCGUGGAUUUAGUAUAUUACUUUACGUUUACAAAGCCAUGCAUGACAAACGGAUAGGAGAGUUCUCGUGAUUAGCGUCAACGCUGUGUACAUCGUUAUCCAGGAUGAUGGAUUUCGAUUCUUUGAAGUCCGACAUUUUGAAGGAUACAUUUGACCUUAUAGAUGACAUAAAAUCCGGAAGAGAUUUAGAUUUUCGAAAAAUGAAAUUAUUUUCGAAACCUAUUGAUUCUUUCUUCUCGUCGCCAUCAUCGUCGGCGUCGUCCUCGUAUGACCCCAGACGGCGAAAUAGUAAUCAGCGGGUGAACGACUUGAAACAUAGAUUUUCAUCGAUUCCGUCUUUUUCAACUUUUAAAAGAACAACAACGACGGAUUCCGAUAGGGACAAUGAUACAUUCAAACGUACAAAUGUGAAGCGUUCCGAAUCUACAUAUUCUACUGGAAGUUACGAAACGACAGAUUCAAAUGAAACUUUAUCAGAAAUGUCAGAUUCUUCAUUUUCACCCGGAAGUUCAAAAAGUCGUUCAAGUGGUCAUGUUAGGACGAACUCUUCUUCUUCAGAUAGUUCAAAGGUCGCCGAAUUGUCAAAGAAAUUAGAGGAAAACUUCCUGAAAGACGAAAGGCAUUCUAUGCCUCACGAGAUGUAUUCAAAGUGUGACCGGACAUUAAAUGACCUUGACCGCCCAAGGUCAGUUCCACUAAAUACCGGAAAUCCAAAUAUAUCAAAAAACUGGAAAGACAGUGACUCAAAUUUCAAAUGUUUUCCCAGCAAGGUCAUGAAUUCUCGUGACCUUGGAACUUACUCUCAAGGCAGACACAUUUCGAACGGAUAUGAUUCUGAUUCUCGGAGUACUGUAACCGGAAGUGGAAGUAGAUUAAACUCUAUGAGUAGUUUUGAUUUUCCAUCACUCUCUGAUAGAAUGAACGAGUUUGAUGGCGAGUCACACUCACCGCUACUUCCGACGUCUCCACUGAGUCCAAGGUCACCUGUUGACCUCACCUCACCUCACCUUCCAAAUCCCCCGAGCUACGAGUUGUCAAGGAACAUUUACAAAUCCGACCCAGGGGGGCUACCGGCCACGAAUUCACUAAAACAAGACAGACAGGCCUGGGAGGAGCGGACGAACCGGAUACAGGACGCUCUGAAAUGGCUCCGGUCCGAACUGGGCUCAUUAAGGGCUCAAGACAAGGCCCUUCUCUCCUCGUUGAGUCGAUGUCAGGACACGAUAGAGGAUAUAAAGAAACAAAGGACAGUCCUCAACGAAAAUGACGAGGACGACUUGGAGGAAGACGAGGACGAGGAAGAGGAUCAUUGGGAGGACUGGGAAAUAGCAGAGUUUGAUCGACAGUGUCGGGAAAAGGAUGUGUUAAAUAAUAAGCUGAAUCCAUCCACCGGAACCGGAAGUAGUAGAUUAAGCGGAAGUGACAUUCCUAUAAGACAGGAUAUACAAGCUGUUGUAUGACAGCAAUAAAACCACCGCAGUGUUCCGCUGUGCCAUGCAAUGCCAGUUUAAACUAUCAAUAACAGUAUACAUGUAUUUUUGUUAUUAAUGGAAGUUGAUCGCGUGUAUUACAGAUGAUACGCAUGCGUAUACGGACUCCUGUUUCCUGACUUUAUGGUUAAACCAUUGAGUGUUGAGUAAUGGAAUAAGUACCGUCACGUGCAUACUCAUCUUUGUGAUGAUGAGCUACAUACACAAUGUUAUAUAUAAAUGUUUCCUCGGUGUGACAUCUAACGGAACAUAACCAAUGGAUUGUUUCCCUCAAGUCUGCCUUUGGCUUUCCUUAAUGCUCAUGUAAUAGAUGUGUAAUGUUCUUUUUCAAAGUUUGUAUGUGCAUAAAACGGAUUAUGCUAAAAAAGAAAAAAAUAUUAAUGGAAGGGUUAAACAAAUGUGAUCAAGAAUUCCUGAUAUUAUUUUAAAAAUAUUUAUUGAUUUAAAUAUGAUUUAAUUUUACCUUUGAUCUCUCAAGUGUCUGUAGCAAUCGGAAUCUGAAUGAUACGUCCAGUUCCUCCAGUUCAUACACGAGAAUUUGCUACAUGAAGUUAAACAUAUUGUGUAUUACGUGACGUCAUAGUGCCAAAGAAUAAUCUGCAAUUAGACGUGACGUCAUAGUGCCAAACCAGCUGUACUAAACAGUACUAGCGUACUUACCCCAUUCCUGGAUUCUAUUUAUAGCUUCUAUAAUUUGUUGCUAAAUGAACAAAUGACUUUUAACGUGAAGGGAAAAGGUCACAAAAAUAUAAUAAAUACUCAGCUAUGUCGUUUUCA